UUAAAUCAGCUACUUCAGCUGAUAGGGAGAAACAAGCUGACCUGAAAUCCUGUGUGGCAGGAGGAGGAGAAGGAGAAUAUUACCUGUAAAGUGUUGGAAGGGGGAGCGAGGACUCCUUGUUCAUCAAGUGGAACUGUGGCCCCCAAAAGGAACAGGAUGGCCCCAGUGGAGGAGAACGAGGAAGGCUCGUUGAGGCAAAGGAAGAACCAUUACCCACAGGAAGCAGCUUGCAAUGGAAAAGCAGGUGGGCUGUCUGAUGGCAAUGGCAUCAAUGGUCUUAUUGAAUGGAAGAGACAUAUGGAGGGGGUAAAGGCUGAACUGGUAGAAGAAAUGAGCUGCCACCUGAAAGAUCUCCUUGAUAAAGCUGUAGCAGAAGCUAUAUGUUCACACAAAAGAGACCAAGCCUCCAUCUUGUCCUCAAAAAAAGACCAUGUUAAUAAUAAAAGGCACAAAGGAUCAAUUUCGGAAAAGCAAAAAGUAUUUAUGCAUCGUGCUUCACUGUUGGAUGAUCUGAUGGAGGUGGAGCAUUUCCGCACUAUUUAUCACAUGUUUGUGGCUGUACUUUGUGUUUUCGUUAUCAGUACUGCAGCUGUGGACAUCAUUGACCAGGGCAGACUGUUUCUGGAUCUUGACCUUUUGUUCUACACCUUUGGCCAACUUAGCACUGUGGUAUGGACAUGGCUCUGUCUAUUUAUGUAUGCACUCCUAGUUCCCUACAGAGCUUUACAUGUUUUAGGAUCUUUGUACCCAGAAUCAAACCAUACAUUGCUGCUCUCUGCUGUAGUAGGAGGUCUGCUGCUUGUCUGCCAAAUAUCUGUUCUUGGUGUCCUGCCAAUAUAUGUUGUGACACAGUACAAGCUGCCUCCCGCAUCCAGCUUUAUUGUUAUCCUUGAGCAGGUUCGUUUUCUGAUGAAGAGCUACUCCUUUUUGAGAGAGUGUGCUCCACUGGUCAUGAGAAAGGAGAGAAAAGAGAUCCACCUACCCAAGUUUUCCAGUUAUCUUUAUUUCCUCUUCUGUCCAACUCUGAUUUAUAGAGAAAGCUAUCCCAGAACUCCAUGUAUCAGAUGGAAUUUUGUGGCAAAAAAUGUUGCUCAAUUCUUUGGAUGUCUGUUUUUUGGGUACUAUCUUUUCUUCACCCUGUGCAUUCCAGUCUUCACCAACAUGAGCAAAGAGCCAUUUAGCACUAAGACGCUGGUACUGUCCAUCUUCCACGCUACUCUUCCAGGUACAUUUGUGCUUUUGCUGUCGUUUUUUGCCUUCCUGCAUUGCUGGUUGAACGCCUUUGCAGAGAUGCUUCGUUUUGCUGAUCGUAUGUUUUACAAGGACUGGUGGAAUUCAACAUCAUUUUCAAAUUACUAUCGCACAUGGAAUGUUGUUGUACAUGACUGGCUGUAUUACUAUGUAUAUCAAGACCUGCUUUCGUUGUGUAAGCAGCGGUACCGUGCUGGGGUCAUGCUGACGGUGUUUCUCAUCUCUGCCUCAGUUCAUGAAUACGUCUUUACACUGUCUCUCCGCUACUUCUACCCUGUCAUGUUUUGCUUAUUUGCCAUAUUUGGAGUCCUCUUUAAUUUUAUGAUGAAUGAUAAACGCAAAAGCCCUGUCUGGAACGUGAUGGUUUGGACUUUCCUGUUCAUUGGUCAAGGCAUCCAGCUGUGCCUGUACUCCCAGGAGUGGUAUGCUCAGAUUCACUGCCCUCUCACUGAGUGUGGAAUUUAAAUCUCUUGACAGAAAACCUUUUGGGGAUUGGUAACUCCUCGAUCCUGGUCCUGUCGCACAUAGCCAAAGAACGAUGGAUAUGCCUAACACCAACAACACCUAAUAGGACUUUGCUUUGAAAUCAACAUUUGACAAGAGCCUAAAAAAUCAAGAUGGAGCUGCUUACUUAUGAACUGUAUGGAUUGUAAAUAAAUAAACCAAAGUAUUUACACAAAUAUUCCCUGCUACAGACAUGGAGGCCACAGUGCAAUUAGUUGCUAUAUUAAAAUAACUUUUCCUAUAA